UUGGUUCAAAUAGAAUUAGACUUGACUGGUUGAGAUGCUAGGUUUCCCACUUUCCCUCCAAAGAAUAAACAGGAUAAAGAAAAAUACUUUGAAGUUUGAAGCUUCUUCAGAGUUCAGACUUGAGAGUUGUGUUUUGUUUUUGCUUCUUGUUGACCCUUCAGCUUCUCUCACUGUUCUUCAAAAGAUAAGACUGUCACAUCUCCCGGAGAUGACAAUGACCGGCGAAUCUUCCGGCAAGAAAUGCGGAGACGGUGGCGGUAAAGUCGCCGGGAAAAGCCAGCGAAAGGUGGGUCUUGUUUAUGACGAGACGAUGUGCAAACACGACACACCUAACGGUGAGGUUGACGUAGAGUGUCCCGAUCGCAUCAGAUUUAUCUGGGAGAAGCUUCAGCUCGCCGGGGUCACCCAAAGAUGUGUGGUUCUUGGUGGUAGUAAAGCGGAAGAUAAGCAUCUCAAAUUGGUUCACACAAAGAAACAUGUUAAUUUCGUGAAGAGUAUUAGCACAAAACAGAAAGAUUCUCGGAGAAACAGGAUUGCUUCAGUGUUGGAUUCGAUUUAUCUUAAUGGAGGUUCAUCUGAAGCCGCAUAUCUUGCAGCUGGAUCUGUUGUAAAUGUGGCAGAGAAAGUUGCAGAAGGAGAGUUAGAUUGUGGCUUUGCUAUAGUGAGGCCCCCAGGACACCAUGCCGAGGCAGAUGAAGCCAUGGGUUUUUGUUUAUUCAACAAUGUAGCCGUUGCUGCUAGUUAUUUACUAAACGAAAGACCGGAUCUAGGUGUCAAGAAAAUUCUGAUUGUUGAUUGGGAUAUCCAUCAUGGAAAUGGUACACAGAAGAUGUUCUGGAAAGAUCCUCGCGUACUGAUAUUCUCUGUUCAUAGGUAUGAUCACGGAAGUUUCUAUCCAGCGAGUGAUGAUGGAGAUUAUAACAUGGUUGGGGAAGGUCCAGGUAAAGGGUUUAACAUAAACGUUCCAUGGGAGCAAGGAGGAUGUGGAGAUGCAGAUUAUCUUGCCGCAUGGGACCAUAUCUUGAUUCCUGUGACUAAGGAGUUUAAUCCCGAUAUUAUUUUGCUUUCAGCUGGAUUUGAUGCAGCUAUCGGUGAUCCGCUUGGGGGUUGUUGUAUUACACCAGAUGGAUAUUCAGUUAUGUUGAAGAAGCUAAUGGAGUUUGCACAAGGAAAGAUAGUGCUGGCGUUAGAGGGAGGGUACAAUCUUGAGUCAUUGGCAAAGUCUUCACUCGCAUGUGUCCAAGUUCUGCUUGAAGAAAAAGGAAUUCAAUGUUCUUCUGGAGCAUACCCAUUAGAAUCUACACGGCGUGUCAUAAGAGCGGUACGCGAAAGACUAUGCACAUAUUGGCCUUCACUUGCAGAUGAGCUAUCAUGUAAGCUGAUUGAUCAGAAAACUCUUACUCCAGUUGGGCACCUUUCUUCUUGUCUACCAUUUCCAUCUUCAUUUUUCGUUGGCCGUGAGUUUAUAGUUACUGGCGCAAGGACAGAAGGUCCUAACCUGACCGUGCUUCCCUCCUUAGAGCCUAGAAGCACCAGUCAUCUUUCGCCACACUCGCAUCUUUCUGUCACCAACAAAAGAAAAGCUCCUGCCUCUGGUUUGACCUCAAGCUAUCGUUUCUCAGAGUUGGAGGAUGUUAUGGUGGAGAAGGUUCUUCCGUCUUUUCAAGAAGAGGUCAUGGGUAUGGAAUUCCAGGAUUGCAUCGCUUUCGGCAAAGAAAUUUCCUACAAGGAGAAUAGAGAGCUGAGGUACAAUGUUUUUGCUGCUUCUGAUACAUUGAUGACGUCUAAUGAGAAUUUAAAGAACCUAAGUGCGGACAAAAACCCUGCUGACGCUAUCCUUCAUGAAGUGGAAGAGUUAAAGUCUCUAUGGGCUGCACGAGAUGGAGAAUUGGAGGCAAGGAGAAAAGAGUUAAAGGCCAAAAAGAUGGAGCUAGAAACGUGGCUAAUGUUGGUUGGCGCUCGAGAAGAUGAGUUUCGUGGUCUUCGUGCCAAAGUAGAGAGUUUGAUGCGGGAGCGAGAUGAGGCGGUAGCGAAAGCUGAGCGCCUAGAUAAGGAACUCCAAGAAGAAAGGCCAAGAAGCCGACUUGAGAAUGAAGAAAUGGAUAUGGACUCAGAAGAUGAAGACAUGGACAUGGACUCAGAAGAACUCGAACACGAUCUCAAAACCAUGUCUAGGGAGUUCAAGAAAGACAUAAACCUUGUCUUCGAGAAGUUCAAAAAAGACAAUGAGCUUUUCAUUGGGGAGUUAAAGAAAGAAAGGGAGCUUGCCAUCACCGCAGCAGUUAUCACCACUCGGUAUCAAGUAUGUCGCGAAUGGAAGAGCCAGGGUACUCUAAGUUUGGAGCUUAAAUUUGCAGCAGAAGUAUACCACAAGCUCCGCUCUUUGAUUGAAAAGCGCGGGAAGAGCCACAUUUACGCAACUGUAGAAAUGUAUGAGGAGGAGUGGAAGGAGUUUGUUGGUCCUCGUCAUCACCCAACAGUAACAGUAAAGAGUAAAGACUAA